GGCAGGAUCAGCUUGAAGGAUUUCCGUAAGUGAAAGCCAUGGGGCUGACCCUUGAAGGAAAUCCUCAGGAUGUGAUUAACCGCAUCGCAGUAAUAUUGGCCGUGAGCCUGAUCGUCGUGGUUGUUGCCGCGCUUUGCCAUGACAGACGACAAAAUAUCACAGAAAUCAAGCGCAGCCGUCCAGCUACAUGGGUCCUGGCGCUGUUGAUUUGCAGCUACCUCUUGCUGAUUCCUGCACUCUUUGCCACUCUCUUCAACAUGACGAUUGGCGCCGUUGAUGCCCUCGUUCUCGAGGAUGCUUCGGACAGUACCAUUGAGUUUAUCCAUCUUCUUGGAGAUACUGGCUCCUGGCUUGGAGCCGUGCUGGUUGCGAUUUUCGCACUUGUUGUUCCCUUGGUGAAGAUCAUCUUGCUGGUUCUUGGGGAAUUCUGGCGUUGCAGUAAAGACCCCCGGAGGAUUCAGGUGGCUCGAAUGUGCAUCCGCUUUGUCCAGAUCAUCUCCAAGUGGGCCUGCCCAGAUAUCAUCGCCUACAUUUUCCUUUUUUAUCUAGUUCGUCAUUUGAACCGGCCGCCGAUCAACGGGCUCUUUUCCUUGGAUGUGGGUUUCACCUGCUACACGCUCUUUUGCUGGGGCUCCACGAUCAGCUCGCUUGGGGUCCACUUACCGGCGCUGAAUGAGGAGAUGAAAGCGGCAUCCAAGGAACCAUGGCCCUUGAGAGUCUUUGGAAGGAAAGGUACUGCCGUCGCAAUGUUUGUGAUCCAGUUGGUAUUUGUGGUAUGCUUUGUGCUUGGCCAGUAUUGGUCGUGUCUGGGCCUUCGCCUAGAUCAAAACAUCUUGGCAAACAAUGGGCUUCCACAGUGGCAGAUAGAUGUCAUGGUCAAUCUUCAUGUGGCUGAGCAUGCCAAAGCAGACGUGACUAUCUUUCAGUGUAUCGAUAUGUUGCUGAAGACGCAGGCUGAGUGUUUCGAUGCCAAUGCGAUUCUGUCCAUCAUCAUGUUGGCGGUCUUCGUUCUUGGACUCACUCUGCUGGACAUGAUGGUUUUGUCCGUGGCAAGCUUUCAGAUAUUGUCCAGCCCCGAAAACUCUGAGGACAAUCGCUGCAACCUGAUCACUUUGACAAAGCAUUUGAAGAAGCUCGCCAUGCUGGACGUGCUAAUCCUUGGCAUUGUUGUUGUGGUGCUCAGCGGCUCAGUGUACAAGAAACAAGGUUUGGUUCUGUCUCCGGGAUGGGGGCUGCUGGCUCUUGGUGGCGCUGAACUGAUGCACUACUUGGCCUAUGCUUUGGUCAGGAGUUUUGCCAAUGCCAAGGUGAUGACGGUCACAAUGGAUGUGACUGAAGACAAGACAGCUCCAAAAGAAGUUUCAGAGAUGUCCACCACAAUACCCAGCGAUCAAGACAGCGAAAAGUCCACUGAUGGCAAUGUCCCCAUUUAAGCACACAGCGCGUGAAUCCGGCAUAGGUGGCCAAUGCUUGAACAAUGAUGCCAACGAUUGACGUCUAAGUGGG